GCCUGGCAUCACAGAAUAUAUGAGUAUGCCCCCCCCCCCCAAAUAUCGCAGGAUUGACGCCCAUGCCUGUUUCUAUCGUUUCUACACUCACAUUCAAUGGCUUUGAAAAAGCCUCAUAUUUAUUUGAAGACGGCAUUUUCAUUCCAAUGAUUUUGUAAUUUGAAAUAUUUUAACAAACGUUUGGCCAUUGGUCGAUUAAUGACUUUACCAUUAGCUAGAGAGAGCGCAAUUUUUAUGUCGCUCAUACGUGUAGGCAUACGACUCUUCAUUAACAUGAGUGAACGUGAGUGUAAGGAAGCUUUAAGAAUACAGGCAUAUGACUCUUUAGUAAAAUAAUGUUUAUAAUAUGUAUUGCAAAUGGUUUCAUUUGAAUAAAACCUUUAAAAUUCAGAACCUACGUCUUCAUCAAAUACAGUAAAAUCUUUUUCCAAAGCAGGUGUUAGUAGACAAAAAUCCAUUGCACUUGUCUGUUUGUAAUUGUUCUUUUUCAUUCCAAUUUCGGUGACUGUUUACCAAAGGUAUCAGAAUGAAAUAAUCUCAAUAAUUGCUUAAACUUUGACUUUCUUUAUAAUAAGCAGAUGAUCUUCUGUAUUAUUUUGAUGGUUCAAUGCACCCAUAUGCAAAUAUGUAAACUGUUCAUGUAAAAUUUGUUCUUGUGUAAAGUUGUAGCUAAGGCGCGUGAUGUUGAUGUUGAAUUGCGGUGUAUUGAUCAUUUUGGUAUCGCAAUGCGUAUAUUAGAAAUAGAAGCACCAACUGCUACAUGGUUUCUUGUGUGUUUGUUCACAGCGAUAGUUUAUUGGAUGGCGAACAAUACUGUUAUUACGAUGAUAUGCCCAAAGCAUUUGAAAUAUAAAUGGAGAGAAUUAAACUGGUGGAAAUAUAAUGUUUCAACGUUCAUUUUCUCAAUUAUCGCUUCUACAGCUGGUAUUUACAGUGUUCUAACGGGACCAGAAGACAUGUUUCAUACCGUUGCCCAUCGUGGAACUCCUCUGUGUGGUUAUAUUUUAGCAAUAUCUUUGGGUUAUUUUAUUGCUGAAGUGCUUUACGUUUAUGAGGACAGACGAUUAACUGAAUGGGUUUUUGUUCAUCAUUUAAUUGAGGAUCGAUGGUUAAAUUUCACCUUAAAACAUCUUUGGAAAAUUAUAGAUUAGAUAUAAGAAGACUUUGAAUAAAGUUGCACAAUUUCGAAUUAUGUGCAUCCAAAUAAUGCGACAAAAAGAACGGAAAUAAGGGAGUUGGGAGGUGAAAAAGAAUAAUUACAGAAUGGCUGCAUCCAAAUAAUGCGACAAAAAGAACGGAAAUAAGGGAGUCGGGAGGUGAAAAAGAAUAAUUACAGAAUGGCUGCAUCCAAA